AUGUCAACUCCCCAGGCACGACCUUCUGAGCGCGGCUACCAUCAGGAUUACAUCGCGCGCAUCCGUUACGAGAAUGCUCUUCCUCCGCCUCCAGGAGCUCCAAAGCUCUUGAACAUUCCUGCGGAAGGUUUGAAAUACUACACUUCUGCCGCCUUUUCGUCCCGCUUGGCAAGACAGCAGCCUUUGAACAUCGAGUCAGAUGCUGAGCUUGGUAUGCCAAUCGAUCUCGUGGGGAUGCCGGGUAUAUUCGAUGGCGAUGAGAGCUCUAUACAAGCUCCUCUGGCGACGCCUCCUGUUCAUCCAAGAGAUAAAAACUUAUUGCGUCCUUUGGCCGAGCUCGGCAAGCCCGCGUUUAACCCAGCUGGAUACAGCUUCUUGCGUAGGACUGAGUAUAUCUCAUCUGAUGCAAAGGCACGAGCUGAAGCCAACGCGAACGCGGUCAAAAAUACUGGCAAGCAGCCUCCUGCCUCGAAGAUUCGAAAGCCCAUAGACGCGUCAAAGGAAGAUCCCGUGAACAUUCUGCGUUCUACCGUUAAAGGUUUCGACCUCGCCAAUCCUGAAGACGCAUAUACUGGUCCUGACACAAUCAUCAAUAUUCGUGGUGCUUUGCCAACGCCUGCAGAAAUAGAUGCGUGGAAGCGUCCAAAGCAUCCUUCAAAGCCGGAUGUCAAGCUACUCGAUGCGUACCCAUUAAAGCCCGAUCCCGACGCUGUCACAGACUCAGGGUCUUACAUGAUAACCAAAUUUGCUGGAAAUCCUACUCCAGUCACUGAAGCUCGCGACAUCCGUAUGGACGUCGGGAUAUUGUACCCGCGGGAGCUGGCUCCAGAAACUUACAAUUACGAAUUUUUCAUACCUGACAAUGAAGUUGCAACUAAAAAUGUUAUGAGGAAGCUUGAUGUUAACGACGAUGCCUGCGAUGAUCCGGGAUUGUACACCGACAAAGCUCCUGAUGGUUCCGGCGUGUUCACAUUUGAUUUCCUGCGCACUUACGAGCCUGGACGUGGAUCUACUCGGGGAUAUCAGCAAUACCGAGAAGUUGCACUGGCCCUCCAUGACCCAGAGCUCGAUCGACAGACAGCAGGCACGGAAUUUACAGCGCGCGGCAACGGCAUCCACCGACUUGAUAAAGGAGCAUACUAUUAUCCUAUCCUCAGUAAGAUGCAGCUAAAGCCUCGUCGCAACAAAAACUUAGUUCAACUCGGAUUGGCAAGUCAGGCAACGGACGACGAAGUCCAGAAGUUUGACGGAAUACGUUUGACCGUGAGAGAGCCAGACGAGGGUGAGAGGGCUAAGCGUGCAACACAUCGCGAACAUGUGGAACCAGAUGAUGAGAGUGACCUAGAUGGAGAUCCUUGA